AUGCAUCAUGUAGUUUUAGGGGAUGAUCCAGAAGUCAAACAAGGGAAACCUUCAUCCGAUGUCUUCAUUGCACCUGCCAAAAGAUUUGAGGGUGGACCAGUUGAUCCACAAAACAUACUGGUUUUUGAAGAUGCGUCAUCUGGCGUAUUGGCAGCUAAGAAUGCCGGCAUGUCAGUGGUAGUAAUGGUUCCAAAUCCGAGGUUGGACAAUUCAUACCAUCAAACUGCAGAUAAGGUUAUAAGUACUCUCUUGGAUUUCAAUCCGAGCGAGUGGGGCCUACCUCCUUUCAAAAAAUCCGCAGCUUAA